AUGGGAGAGUUCCUCAUCAGUGGGUUCAAUAUCAUCCUACCUGAGCUCGCAGGGGCCCUAGACAUACCGGCCGGGUCCCGAACAUGGCCCGCCAGCGUCUUCUCACUGGUCACCAGCGGCUUCCUCCUGCCAAUGGCCCGGCUAGGGGACAUGUGGGGUCCUUACUAUGUCUUCAACGGCGGCCUGAUAUGGCUGCUUAUCUGGACCCUGGUGGCCGGCUUCAGCAAGAACUACAUCAUGCUUAUCGUUUGCCGCGCGCUUCAGGGCCUCGGGCCCGCCGCCUUCUUACCCACCGGCAUCAUGAUGCUCGGCAGCACUUACCGGCCCGGCCCCCGCAAGAACUUGAUCUUCAGCCUGUACGGCGCCGCUGCGCCGCUUGGGUUCUUCUUCGGAAUAUUCAUCGCCGGCAUUGCGGGGCAGUUUCUGACCUGGAAAUGGUACUUCUACCUGGGCAGCAUUGUGCUGUUCAUCACGGUAUUGAUCGCCUUGUUCUCCCUGCCACGAGACAGGAAGGACUUGGUCCUCGAUGCCAAGAUGGACUGGUGGGGAGUUGCAACAAUCAUCCCGGGCCUCAUCCUCGUUGUCUUUGCCUUCACUGACGGCGGCCAUGCACCUAACGGAUGGAGCACGCCCUACAUCUACGUCACCUUCAUUGCUGGCAUGCUGUUCCUUGCGGCUGCGGUGUACGUCGAGGGUUGGGUGGCUGAGCAGCCUCUUCUGCCGCCGGUCAUCUUUAAGCCCAAGUACAUGAAACUCCUCCUGAUUACUUUGUGCAUGUCGUACGGAGUCUUUGGGGUUUACCUGUUCUACUCGAGCUUCUACAUUGAGCUGGUUAUGCAUGCCAGCACCCUUCUGACCACGGCCUGGUUCGCGCCCAUGGCUGUCGGUGGCAUGAUCAUCGCCACGGUCGGUGGCUUCACUCUCCACCUCCUGUCUGGGCGCAUUCUCCUCCUUAUAUCCGGCACCGGCAAUCUUGUGUCCUGCCUCAUGUUCGCUAUCCACCCCGAGAACGGCACAUACUGGGCCUACAUAUUUCCUGCCAUGAUCUGUGCCACGAUCGGCAUCGAUAUCACCUACAACGUCAGCAACAUCUUCAUCACCACGAGCCUGCCUCGGGACGCACAGGGCCCCGCAGGCGCGGUCAUACACAGCCUCGUGUUCUUGGGCAUCAGCUUCUUCCUGGGCAUUGCGGACCUGGUCGUGGCGGAGAACGAGCACAAGGGGCUCGCGGGGAGCUACAAGACGGCCUUCUGGCUGGGCGUCGGUCUCUCGGGCGCGGCGCUGGUCGGCUACGCCUUCAUCAAGAUCGGGAGUGCCAAGAGCGAGCUCACCUACGAGGAGAAGAUGAGGCAGGCAGAGGCAGAUGCGGCGCUUUCUGAGAACAGCCAGGAGGCGAGGGGCCACACCUCGGUUCUGCGCGAUAGCCCCCAACCAAUGUCCGACCAGAUUCAGACAGCUACGGCCGAGAGCAGAUCUACCGAAAAGGCUGAGGCAACUACCCAGCGACAUGAGAACCCAAGAGAUGAUUCUGAUGCCCUAUCUAUCACCGAGGCCGCCUUGGGAAACAACCUGCCUGAUGGCUACUUCAAGAGUCUGCCAUUCAUCGGGACCCUCGCUGGCCUGUCUCUUGGGGUCAUUUCGUCCUACGUGAUCUUCGUUAUGGCCACCAACGUCUUGACCUUCACUAACGCUGAUAUCGGCCCAAGUGCCAACAUCUCCUGGGUCAGUAUUGCAAGAACCCUUGGACAGUCAACCAUGUACCUUAUCCAGGGCCGCCUCUCGGACCUCUUUGGCCGGCGAUGGUUCUUCAUCGGCGGCAAUCUUGUGGCACUGCUCGGAGUUAUCAUCUGUGCCGUCUCUCAAAAUGUCGACACCCUCAUCGUAGGCAGUGCCAUCUAUGGCAUGGGCGAGUGCGUCCAGGUCAGCUUCGGCGUUGCCAUCGGCGAGCUCAUUCCCAACAAGGACCGCCCGCUCGUGAUGUCCUUUGUGUUCCUGACGUCUGCUCCCUUCUCGGCUUUCGGACCGACGAUUGCUCGUCGCAUGAUCUCAGUUGGGCUGGGCUGGCGAUGGUGUUAUUACCUCGGCAUCAUUGUCAUCGGCGCUGCGGCCAUUCUGCUGUUCUUCUUCUACCACCCGCCAACCUUCCACAUGCUUCACGAGAGAAAGUCGAAGAGGAAGCAGAUGCAGGAGCUUGACUACGUCGGGAUCUUCCUUUGGACUGCUGGCCUCACCCUGUUCCUCAUGGGCUUGAGCUGGGGUGGAGGGUCUGCGGCAGUCAUUUCCACGCUCGUCGUUGGAGCCCUCACUCUUGUGGUCUUUGGGUUCUGGGAAGCCUAUGCAAACCUCAAGUAUCCCAUCAUGCCGAUGCACUUCUUCAAGAACCGUGGAUAUAUUGGACUGGUCGCCAUGGCCACAAUUGCGAGUUGCUUCUACUACAGCGCCAUCCUGCUAUGGCCUCAGCAGGUUCAAGCAAUGUUCACAACAGACGUCACGUAUGCGGGUUGGUUGUCGUGCACCGUGUCGGCAGCCACCUCUCUUGGGCAAGGCGUUGCCGGCAUCUUCAUCCGGUACGGCGGGAAUUCCCAGUACUGGCUCAUCUUUGCGUCCGUCACAAUGGUUGCUUUCGUCGUGGGCCUUGCCGCUCUGACACCAGAAACCAAGAAUAUGGGCAUCGCCUUCACGAUUAUUGGACCCUUCUGGGUUGGGUACAUCGAGCUGGCUGCUCUGUCAUUGGCCCCUCUGUUCUUGAAGCCGGAGGAUAUCGGCCUCGCCAGCGGUAUGUUGGCCUCGAUCCGCUCUGCCGGCGGGUCUGUUGCCGUUGCCGUCUACACUACCAUCCUCACCAACAGGCUGACUACCACUCUCAACGCCCACGUCGGCUCCGCGGCAGUGCAGGCCGGCUAUCCGAGCGACAAGGUACCUGCCUUGGUUGCUGCCGUCAAGGGCAACAGCUGGACGAAGCUGCCUCUGUCUGACGUUGUCAAGAAGGCGAUUCAGGGUGCGAUACCGACGGCUUACGGCCAGGCUUUCAAGACCGUGUACCUGGCCAGUCUGGCAUUUGGUGGCCUGGCGAUCAUCGGCAGUCUUCUCACCAAAGAUGCUCGAAGCCUUCUCGAUGACACGGUUGCACGCCGCAUGCACGGCAAGGGAAUCGGUGGAGAUAUCGAAAUGAAGCCAGCUCCUAAAACUGUUGACAAUAAUGAUGACUAG